GUACUGGUGCAAAGGUCAACCGCUAGAUCAACAGUGAACGUAAAAAAUUCAUUCGGGCAUCGAUAGAUUACCUCCAAAGGCGCUGACUCUCGCGCUCUCUGUUCUGACACUGCCACGGCCUAUUCACCACUGCUGGUUCCGUCUGUUCUGCAUGUAAAUUAAACUUUUGCCGUUAAAGGUUUAUUUUAUUUUAUUUUUACCAUGGCUCAACAGGAGUAUAAGCUUCUCGGGGACCUGAUGUUUACAUACAAAGGCAUGGUGUUUCCUGUGAAUGACAAGCAAGAACUGACCACAGAAUAUAUUGACAGCUUGGAAGACUUUGAGAUCAGAGAUAGCGAUGUUUUCCUCGUCACUUUCCCCAAAUCCGGUACAAUAUGGACCCAGCGUAUCAUCACUCUGAUCUUUGAGGAUGAUUUCCCGGAGGAGGCUGACCUGAACACAUAUAUGAGAAUGCCGUGGUUGGAGUUCAUUGACAAGGGGAUGAGUUACUGUAACAGGCCCUCACCGCGUCUCUUCUGCUCCCAUCUCCCGCAGCAUCUCAUGCCCAAGGGUCUGCACAGGAGACAGGCAAAAGUCAUCUAUUUGGCCAGGAACCCUAAAGACGUCCUCGUGUCCUACUUCCACUUCUCCAAGUUCAUGAAGAUAAUCGAGAGCCCAGAUCACUACGACGAGAUGCUUGAAAAGUUCUUCUGUGGAUGGAUGUUGGGAGGCUGUUGGUUUGAUCAUGUCAGAGGAUGGCACCAAAACCAGGACAAAUACAACAUCUUGUUCCUCACCUAUGAACAAAUGAUCAAGGACGUGAGGUCGGUGGUAGUGUGUCUGGCGGAGUUUCUGGGGAAGAAUCUGUCCGAUGCAGCGAUUGACCGCAUAGUGGAACUGGUCACCUUCAACAACAUGGAGAAAGAUGACAAGGCCAACUACGAGUUUCUGCCUGAAGAGGUUGCGGACAAAAAUAAGGGAAAGUUCCUCCGCAAAGGGACAAUAGGAGACUGGAAGAACUCAUUGACGGUGGCCCAGAGUGAACGUUUUGACCGGGUCCACCAGGAGAGGAUGAAGGACGUACCUCUCAACUUCAUCUGGGACAUCACUGAGCUGCAGGGCUGAUACAGACAUAUACACACAUGCACGCUCAUGCAGACACACACACACACGCACAAAGAAAUGCACCAUAGACACUGACUAACAGACACACACAUAUUCUCCCGCAAGCACAUAAACACACACACACGCAAACACAAUAUUAUGUUCAAUUUGAAUGACAUACAGACAUUUGUUUAAUAAUGUAAAUGAAAAUGAAAUAAAUGCCUUAAACAUA